CCCGUAUGGCCGUCUCCCCGGAGGACCCCGUUCUGGAGCGUUAUUUCAAGGGCCACAAAGCCGCGAUCACCUCGGUGGGCUUCAGCCCCAACGGCCGGCAGCUCGCCUCUGCAUCCUGGGAUACAUUUCUCAUGCUAUGGAAUUUCAAGCCACAAGCUCGUGCCUUCAGAUAUGUGGGUCACAAGGACGUGGUCACCAGUGUGCAGUUCUCCCCUGCUGGAAACUUACUAGCUUCGGCUUCUCGAGACAGAACCGUUAGACUCUGGAUUCCCGAUAAGAAAGGGAAAUCAUCUGAAUUUAAAGCUCACACAGCUCCCGUACGCAGCGUGGACUUUUCAGCUGAUGGCCAAUUUCUAGCUACAGCCUCUGAUGACAAAUCCAUCAAAGUAUGGAACAUGUUUCGCCAGCGCUUCAUCUACUCUUUGUACCGACACACUCACUGGGUACGCUGUGCUAGGUUUUCGCCGGAUGGAAGACUCAUUGUAUCCUGUAGUGAAGAUAAAACAGUUAAAAUUUGGGACACUGCCAGUAAGCAGUGUGUCAACAACUUCACUGAUUCUGUAGGGUUUGCAAAUUUUGUGGAUUUCAACCCAAAUGGUACAUGUAUAGCUUCAGCAGGUUCUGAUCAUACUGUGAAAAUCUGGGAUAUAAGAGUGAACAAAUUACUCCAGCAUUAUCAAGUUCACAGUGGAGGAGUGAACUGUGUGUCAUUCCAUCCUUCGGGAAACUAUCUCAUCACUGCUUCUUCAGAUGCUACACUUAAGAUUCUGGAUCUUUUAGAAGGAAGGCUCAUAUAUACACUACAAGGACAUACGGGGCCUGUCUUCACUGUUUCCUUUUCGAAAGGCGGGGAGCAGUUUGCAUCAGGAGGUGUCGAUGCUCAGGUGAUGUUAUGGAAGACCAACUUUGAUGAAUUUAAUUAUAAAGAUGUUUCUAAAAGAAAUCUCAAAAGAUCACAUUUUGAUGCCUCACCACAUCUUCUUGAUAUCUACCCAAGAACACCGCACAAUCAUGAGGGGAAAACCAAUACGGUUGAAAUCAACCCAAAGCUUGAUGUCAUGGACACACAGUCUUCUAUGCCUCCUGUUGUAGAUGUCCUGUCUUUUGAUUCUACCAUGGUUACAGAAAACGUAGUAAGAACUGUACCAGAAAAGGGAGAAGACGUCUGCAGCUAUUUCCUGAACCCUUCCUUGGUGACAGUGGACUGUGCAUCAGCCCCUGUGAAGAAGAAAAUGGAUGACGUGAGCUCACUCAUCCUGGAAAGCCAACGGAGCAUCCCCCUGGCUGUGACUGAGGCCCUGGAGCACAUUAUGGAGCAGCUCAGUGUUCUGACACAGACUGUCUCGAUUCUGGAACAGCGGCUGACACUGACAGAGGACAAGUUGAAAGACUGCCUGGAGAAUCAACAGAAGCUUUUCAGCAUUGCCCAGCAAAGAAGUUGAAGAGGAAAGUCUGAGCAGUGGCAUGAUCCAUAAGUACAUGCACUCACUAUUCCUCAGGCAGGCAGCCCAAGGGGCUUGGUGCACCACAACGAUGCUCUGGCCAUCACAGCAUUUAUUAAAAAGUGUGACCUACAGAACAAAAGGUGGAAAAGGCCUAAAUUAAGAACAAAUUAAAAUACCAAGCAAUGUCCAGGGCUGAUUCAUAAUUAUAAUUUUUAUAAUUAUAGUAAUAAAAUGGUAAGCAUUAAAGUGACUAUAUUUUUCCCCAUAUUAUGAUCAAUGUUGUCAUUCAAAUCCUUCUAGGAAAGUAACUCAACCUGUGAAUUAUGUCAUUAAAUAAUUUUAGGUGGACAGUUUUCAGGCAACUUUUUUAAAGCAAUGAGUGAGUGAGAGGCAGCGAAUGAGUUAAUGCUCUGACUCAUUUUAUUUCUGAAAGAACAUUCUUCCUUACCAAUCAGUGCCUUCAAGAGAUUAUUUUAUCAAAGGCCCCAGGUGACAAUAAGCAUGGACUUAUUUAAAUUAACAACAGUACAUACAUGACAUAGGAUUUUUUUUAAUUUAAUGAUGGUAUCUUAUUGUUUAUCCUUUGGCCAACCUGAAAGAAAACAAAAGAGUUGAGAAAAAAUAUCUUUAUAGAUGAGAAUGCACUGAAAGAUUUGGGUUGGAUCUAACUUUGUGAUUCUAAUUUCUAAAGAUCAUGUUGAUGUGA